UUUGUAAUAAGUGGGAGAUUAGAAUGUAUGGGAUAAUAAUGUAGGUGAUGGGAUAGGUUGAAAGGAUAGGUUGAAACUUGGGAUAAAUUGGAGUUGAGAUAUUAUAGGCAGUGGAUGUAUGUUGAAGGGAUAAGACAGAUAUGGGAUAGUCAAUUCAAUGUCCGCUACCUUGGUCAGCUAGAAUUAAAAGAAUCAGAACUAGAAGGAGUAGAAACUAGUCAAGCAAGUUUAAAUAAUGCAAUAACUCGUUUACGAAAUGAAGUUGGGAAAGAAGCUAUUUUGGCGAUUUUACCUGAUGGGGUAGAAGUACAAAAAAAGAAUGGAGAGAUAAAGGAUGGAGGAGAAAGGGAAUUGGAAUUCACUUUUGUUGCUCUGGACAAAGGCCGUUUGCUUUGUCAUGUAUUCCGGUGCGAUCAACCUGCUAAUGCGGUGGCAGAGGCUUUGGGGAAUGUUUGUAAUACUUUAAUAAGACAAAGAAGCCAGCCAAGGCCUAGUUCACUUAAUGGUGGUUUAAGAAGAAUAACACGACAAUCAACCCCUAUACUUCCCUCGCCAAUUGAAGAGCAGAAAAAAAUUAUUCGUUGCCAUUUUAUUGGAGUAACUCAAGUACCCCGCGCUACCGGAAUAGAAAUGCUCAAUGAAGCAGUUGAUCGACUAUUAAAAGAAGUACAAAAAGAACGCUGGACUCUUGUAGAUGUCCACAUAUCUCCCUCAGUUAUAGCUAUAUUUGAAGCUAAAGGUGUUAAAAGGCAAAUUGCUUCAUGUCGUGUUCGUUACCUCUCCUUUUUGGGAAUUGGAAGGGAUACAAAGCACUGCGCUUUCAUAGUAGCUCAAUCCGCUGAUCAUUUUAUUUGUUAUGUCUUCCAUACCGAACCUUCAGCAAAUUCACUAGCAAAGACAAUUGAGGCAGCUUGUAAACUGCGCUAUCAGGCAAAUGCACACUUAACUAGCCCCAACGACCCUUUAUCCCGCUCAAUGCCAACGUUGGAUGAAUGGAACCAAACUCAACGAGGCACUCGUUUCUAG